AUGAGUGCUGAAAUUUUGCAGCCCAAGGAGAUACAGAUCACUGCAUCUGGCCGCCUCCCUAACUACCUUCGCUAUGCCACCAAACUUUUGGUUAAGGAUGGAUUAUCUACAAUCAUCAUCAAGGGCGCCGGCAAAGCCAUCAUCAUGGUGUUGAUGGUGGUGGAAUCACUCAAAUUCAAUAUUGAAGGUCUAUAUCAGAUCUCCAAGAUCGGCAGCAUUAAGAUUGAAAACCCAGAUAAUGAGUAUGAACGCUACGUUUCCUCCCUAGAAGUAACACUCUCCAAGAACAAGCUGGAUGAAAACGAUCCUGGCUUCCAAUCCCCCGUCCCCCCCGAGUCUAAGACAAAAAUCAUAUUCAAGACCAAAAGAACACAACAAAACACAACAAAAAAUCAAAUACAAGGACAAUAA